CCUACACUCGAUCUUUUCGUAAAUGUUUCUUCUUAUGCGUUUCUUUGUAUGGUAUAUCUUGCGAAGUAUGGUCUUCACAUGUUUCAACUUGAAAACAUAAAGUGUCUUAUUAUACGAAUUCAACGUAAUUGGAAUUUAUUGAUCGACGAGAAGGAACUCGAAAUCAUGGAAGAAUAUACGCAAAAGGGAAAAAAAUUUACCUUCAUCUGUCUAAUUUUGUCCUGCUUUACGAUUAUCGUACUGCUGACUUGGACGAGUUUUUUGUUUAUUUCCGAUAUACUCUUACCAUUAAACGGAUCUCAUCGAUUGGAAUGUCCGUUUGUGGCGGAAUAUUUCAUAGACGAGGAGGUUUAUUAUUAUCCUAUUUUACUACAUAUGUAUACGAUAUUUCUCGUUGGACUGAUUGUUGUUAUUGCGACUGAAGCAUUUUAUACUAUAUGCGUGCAACAUGCCUGUGGUCUUUUUCAUAUCGUUGGAUAUCGUUUCGAGCAAGUAUUCAACGAGAGUAUUUUAAAUUCUAUUUCAUUAUCGAGAAAGAGUUUUGAAAUCGAGAACUCGAUCGUUCGUGCUAUUAAUUCGCAUCAAAAUGCUAUUGAGUUCGUCGAUCAUAUGAAUUCCUGUUUCUCAAAUUCUUAUUUCAUCUUGACGAUUUUGGGCGCCAUAUCUCUAAUUAUGAAUUGCACUGACAUUUUACAAGCUAUGAAUCCGAAUAAGAAUUAUAAUCUGAUUAGUGCUUCUGUUCGUGUACUUAAUGCUUUUGUACGUAUCGUUAAUAUCAUUUGUUAUAUGUUUGGCAUAUUUUAUUAUGGACAGAAACUCAUAGAUUGUAGUACCAAUAUUUUAGAGAAAGCAUAUACUAUUCCUUGGUAUCUGACAUCUUCGAAGAUAAAACUUUCUUUAAUGAUGGUUUUGCAAAGAAGCUUGAAGAAAUCCACUUUAUUUAUUGGCAAUUUAUUUCCUAUGUCGUUGGAAUUAUUUGGAACGAUCUUAAAAACGACGUCUUGUUACAUUACGACACUUCAUGCAUUGCAAUAUUGAUUAAAACAAUUCUAUAAUAUGUAAAAGUCA